UCGAACUGCUUCCCUUCUCGUUUUUACUAGGUGAUUCAUGGCUGCCUAGCCAAAUUACCAGAAUAUCCCCUCACACUGAUUUCGUCAUAAUCGGCGGCUCAGAUCUUGGUUAUGAACGUGCUUUACCAUUCUGGAAAGUAGAGAUUAAGACCUUUCCAACGCGUAUAAGUUCAUUUCUAGAAGUUACUUGAGCUGCACGCAAUGUUCUGUUGAGAUCGUCAAACUUAAUCUCUAAUUAGUUCUCUCCAGAUUUGCACGAUUUCCAUCAGUGGUAUCAGAGCCACGGUUAGAGGACGUUCUUUCCUCCAUUGGAAGAGAUCUAGAGAGGCUUGAAGUGCUCCAAAUCUAGGGUUUGACAUGGCCCAAAAGUUGGAUGGCCCUCCUAGGUUUACCGGCUCGGACUUUUCGCUAUGGAGGUUCCAGUUCACACUAUGGCUAGGUAUUAAGGACCUAGAAAGUGUGUUGGAUGGAUCGGAGAAGCGACCACGAGCUGACUCUGGGGAGGCGUCUACUGGAGCAACCAGCCAAGUGGGAUCCGGGGCUGGGGGAGCGUCGUUGAGUGGGGUGAAGGAAGGAGGAACUGCUGCAACUCGAACCGGAAGGUCGCAACCAAGUAGCGAGGAGUUGCUCAAAGCUCAAGAAGCAUGGGAUCGGAAGGAUCGCCAGGCUUUUCAGUACCUGUGUUGGGCUUUGGAGGGGCAACUUGAGCUUCUUAAGAUGCUGAUUGACCUGAAGGGGAAGGAAGGUGCAGCGGCUGCAGCUUGGAAAAGAGUACAAGAUAGGCACUUGCAGAAAGGGCUUCUAAGCGUGCUUACUUGGCGGAAGCGGUUUUACACCAUGGAGCGGAACUAUGGGGAGGGGGAGACCAUGGUUCAGUAUCUCCAGAGGGUGGAUGAGAAUGUGCGGGCUUUGGAGGAGCUGGAUUACACGGUAGAUGAGAAGGAGAUCAUCUAUACUGCGCUCCAAGGGUUGGAUCAAGCGGCUAAUGAGGCAUUACUACAGUACCUUCACCUCGAGCAACAGAAAUGGACCAAGGUGUGGAUUUGGGAGGUUCUAAUUUCUGAUGAGGCUCGCAAGGUUGAUGCUGGAAGAGGUCUAGAAGGAGGCAUGGGUGCAGCAGAUAAAGCUUCCUUCAGGAAAGGCUAUCAACAGCAAGGAGGUGGGGGGAAGAAGAAAGAGUUGGACAAAUGCCUUGUGCCCGGAUGCAACAAAAAACACUCUUGGAAGAGUUGCUGGAGUAGGCCUGAGGGAUGGAAGCCUCACGGCUACUCUGGAGAGGCCCCACCAGUGACCAAACCUGAUUGGGUGGAGAAAAGGAUGAAGAAGGGGCUCUGGAAUAAGAAGGGCAGCAAGGGAGCAACGGCCGCAGCUGCUAAGGAUGAGAAGGGGAAGGGCCAAGACGACUCCUCCGAUGAUGGUUUCUCGUUUCUCAUGCUAGGGCAGGAUGCAGCUCUCGCUGGUCGUGCAUUGGCUGAUCCCAACUUCCUGGUUCUAGACUCUGGAGCAACAUCUGGGAUGCUUCCUCGCCGUGAUCUCUUCACCUCCUACCAUCCUCUCCCACCAAACUCGAGGAACGUGAUUGUUGGGAGCAGAGAUUUGCUGCAAGCAAUUGGCAUCGGCAUGAUCACCAUUAAGGGGAAGGAGGGGGAGCUAGUGGGUGUGAAGGGGGUCCUUCACGUCCCUGGUUUGGCUGCAAACCUCCUUUCAUGCUCGCAGCUGGCUAAACAGGGAUACAUCUGCACUUUCACUGAGGGAGGGUGUACUGUUAGAAAGGGUGAAGCUGUGGUGAUGGAGGCAAAGCUGGACAAGGGUUUAUACCUUGUUCCAGCUUGUGUGCCUAAUUGUUACAAGGCACAUAUGGUUUUUUCUGAGGAAGCCGCUUGUAGCACUCGCUGGAGGCAGGUGGAAACAGUGUCACCUGAGUUGCUACACCUUCGCAUGGGGCACGCGGGGAAGCAGCAACUGCUGGAGUGUGUGAAGAAGGGGGAGCUGAAGGGGGUGGAGGUCAAGGAAGGAGCUGGGCAGCAGAGCAAAUGUCCGGACUGCACGUCUGGAAAGCUGCCUAGAACCUCAUUCCCUAUCUCCUCUGAUCAUGCCUCGACUCCCCUUGAGCUGGUGCACACGGAUGUGUGUGGACCGAUGCAAACUCCUGACCGGGAAAAGGGCAACAGAUACUUUGUCACCUUUCUUGAUGACUUCAGUCGACUUAGCUGGGUCAUCUUGGUGAAGACCAAGGAUGAGGUGGCAAAGGUGUUUAGGCGGUGGAUACGCUAUGUGGAGAGGGAGUCAGGGGCCAAGGUGAAGGUGUUAAGGUCAGAUCGGGGUGGAGAGUACCUUGGGAAAGAACUUCAAACCUUCUUGGAAGAAAAGGGUAUUACCCACCAGCUCUCUGUACCUUACACGCCGCAGCAAAAUGGGGCAGCGGAGCGGCUUAACAGGACCUUGACCGAUUUGGCUCGGGCCAUCCUUUCCCAUGCCGAGCUUGAUAACACUUGGUGGGGGCAGCAGUGCAGUAUGCCAACUGGGUGAAGAACAGGAUGGGCAGCAAGGGGCUUGGAGGCAAGA